UAUUUGGAAAGACCACGAUCCUGCAAAAUCCUAAAAGAAAAUAAUACUUAAUUCUGAGAAGAACAAAAACAAGAGAAAGAUCAAAGAGAAAACAAGUCCUGAAACAGCAUGAAAGGAGACUUAUUUUGAAUAAAUGAAGUUGAAACAAAAUGAAAUUUUUAAAUUAUGUGAGCUUUAUCAUAGAUAAUUAAGAGUUUAAAAAAAAAAUAAAGUUUAGAGCGGCAGGUAGCAAGGCUUGCUCCAAGUGCUGGCGGAGGCAUCACUGCGCCAAGGGCCAGAACCGUGCCAUCGGCCUCAGUGUGUGCUGGGCACUCUUCAUGUGCUACUGCAUCUACUUCAACCACAAGAGGCAGAGCAACCCCAACUUUAAGAACAGGCUUCAGGAACGUGAAAAUGAGAAAGGUGUGGAACACCUGACAAAUGCAAUUGCUGUGUGUGGACUGCUACAGCAGUUGCUUCAAGUGUCACAGCAAACUCUUCCACCACCAGUGUUCCAGAUGCUUCUGAGUAAGCUCCCAACAAUUAAAGACAUGUAA